CCACAAUAGUUGGCGAUAGGUUCUAAAUAGACCCAAUUGGAUAAAACGGGCCUUAUUUUCUCCUGCGUUCUCCGAUGCCGUCAAAAGCCGCUCUUUCCAACACUAAUUUGAGUAUUACGAUCAAGAUCCUUUCGACACUGUUUAUACUUUAUUAACGUAUAUUCUUAUUCUACUAUUAACAAAAGGAACGAAGAUUGCUGUCACAGUCACAAUUAUACGUAAUGAUUAAUAAAAUAAUUUUUGAAGGGAUGUGCGAACGUAAGAGAUAAUUUUUGACAGGAUCGUGCGCGUUGAAACAGCGCACAGAAAAAUUGGGUCGAUGUGCGAAAGAUGGCGACCGUUGCACGGUGUGCGUGAAGAUAUCGUAGCCGUCGAGGUUUUGCAAGAGCAGAAAAGAUUUUCAAGAGAGAACCGGUAAUGCGGUGCGAAUGAUGUGAUUAGAAGAAUAAAAAAGAAUAGUGUUAUGUGUCUGAGUAUUCAGGCUUCGUGUUCUCUGCGUCCGGAGGUGUCGUUUGUUUACUUGUGGUUUGUCGCUUGUGUAAUAUACCGCCUUGGACUUGAAACACAGUGAAAAAGGGAAAAGAAACCCUGACGAAGGCGAGACUGAGGAUAAAGUGGUGCCGGACUUCGGCCCGCUCAGAAGACUUGUAGAGAUGCUGAAGCAAUUGCAAAUGGGGAUGAGAGCUUUUCUCUUGAUGGCCUCCCGCGUGUGGACCUGCGUCUGCUUUCUACUCAAGAAGCAGGUUAGAGCCAUUUCACAGAUGCAACCUGUUAAGUAUGAAAUCUUCCCGCUGUCUCCUUUGUCAAGGCAUCGGCUUAGUAUAGUUAAGCGAAAGGUAUUGGUAUUAGACCUCGAUGAGACAUUGAUUCACUCACAUCAUGAUGGUGUGGCAAGACCAACUGUGAGACCAGGAACACCACCUGAUUUUGUUCUUAAGGUGACGAUAGACCGACAUCCGGUUAGAUUUUUCGUCCACAAGAGGCCUCAUGUGGACUUUUUCUUAGACAUUGUUAGUCAGUGGUAUGAGCUAGUGGUUUUUACGGCUUCUAUGGAAAUUUACGGAGCAGCUGUUGCCGAUAAACUUGACAACAACAGAGGAAUCUUAAGACGCAGGUAUUACAGACAACACUGUACGCCAGAGAUGGGUUCUUAUACCAAGGACCUAGCUGCUAUUUGUUCAGAUCUAGCAUCAGUCUUUAUACUCGACAACAGUCCAGGAGCCUACAGAGCUUAUCCACACAAUGCAAUACCGAUAAAGUCGUGGUUUAGCGACGCUAGCGACACCGCGCUGCUCAGCCUACUUCCAGUCCUGGACGCGCUCCGCUUCACACAGGACGUGCGCUCCGUACUUUCGCGAAAUUUACACCUACAUCAUACUUUGUAGCAUAGUCCUGAACGAUCGAUCAACUAGAAUAGAUUGGAGAUCGAACUGCUAACAGUUUAGUGUGUUUAGCCUAGAAUUAUAACUGUUAUUAAUAAUAGGGAGGUUAAAAACUACGCUACCCGGGGAGCCAGAUGAUGAACCCUGUACCCCUGUCCUAAUUUUCUAUACUCGUCGAACGAUAGUUGCGAGUGUGUGCAACGGGGAACGGGACCGUCAGCCAGUACCUACGUCAGCACAAAAAGCAUCCUAGGUUCAUUUUUCUGGUUUAAGUAUACAAGAAAAAAGAUAAUUUCAAAAGAGAAGGCAAACAUGGCAACAGUGAAACAAAAAUUUAUAAAUAUAAUUUUAUGAUUUUCUAUUAGCGCACCUAUUCAAUUAUUAUGCGACGUACGUCCCAAUUUCAUCGUGAAACUUAUAUUUUUUAUUCGAUACUCAAAUAGCAACUCUACUAGCAAAAAUUUCUCUUUUUUUUUUUUUAGUUAGAUCAAUCUUUUUUGGUCAAGAAAAGCGUGAGAGCGAAUGAGUGCAAUGUCAUAUCCACCUUCCUACUCCCACUUCCAUCUCAAAUACAGAAAUAGACGCAGAAGAGUCAACAUACAGUGGUGUAUUGUCAAAGUAACCUAGGAUUGCUGGAAGUGUACUAAGUCACAUUUGAAACGGACAUGGUUGUAACUCACUGUAUCAGUGAGGCAACCAUUCUAAUUAUACCUAAUUUAACAAAGAGUAUUAAUAAAUAUUACUAAACAACAGAAUUUGUCUUUGUUGAACUUUUGCGGUAUAAUAAACUAAGAUAAAAGUAAUAAAGAAAGAAUGGAAGGAAA